UGUGUCUUCCCUAUACACACAGAGACCUUACUCAAAAAAUGUGAUGAGCCACUUGUGUCUGGACUCCCCCACGUAGCUUUCAGCAGCUCAUGCUCUAUGUCUGGGAGCUAUUCUCCUGGCUAUGCCAAGAUCAACAAGCGAGGGGGUGCUGGGGGAUGGUCUCCAUCAGACAGUGACCAUUAUCAAUGGCUUCAGGUUGACUUUGGCAAUCGAAAGCAGAUCAGUGCCAUAGCAACCCAAGGAAGAUACAGCAGCUCAGACUGGGUGACCCAAUACCGCAUGCUCUACAGUGACACAGGGAGAAAUUGGAAACCCUACCAUCAAGAUGGGAAUAUCUGGGCAUUUCCUGGGAACGUCAACUCCGAUAGUGUGGUUCGGCAUGAUUUACAGCAUCCAGUAAUCGCCCGCUAUGUGCGCAUCGUGCCUCUGGAUUGGAACGGAGAAGGCCGCAUUGGACUCAGAAUUGAGGUCUACGGCUGUUCUUACUGGGCUGAUGUUAUCAACUUUGAUGGCCAUGUUGUGUUACCAUAUAGAUUCAGAAACAAGAAGAUGAAAACACUGAAAGAUGUCAUCGCUUUGAAAUUUAAAACCUCCGAAAGUGAAGGGGUACUCUUGCACGGGGAAGGACAGCAAGGGGAUUAUAUUACUUUGGAACUGAAAAAAGCCAAGCUGGUCUUCAGUUUAAACCUAGGAAGCAACCAGCUUGGCCCCAUAUAUGGCCACACGUCCGUGACGACAGGAAGUCUGCUGGAUGAUCACCACUGGCACUCUGUGGUCAUUGAGCGCCAGGGCCGGAGCCUCAACCUCACGCUGGACAGAAGCACGCAGCACUUCCGCACCAAUGGGGAGUUCGACUACCUGGAUUUGGACUAUGAGAUAACCUUUGGAGGCAUACCUUUCUCCGGUAAGCCAAGUUCCAGCAGCAGAAAGAAUUUCAAAGGCUGCAUGGAAAGCAUUAACUACAAUGGCAUCAACAUAACUGAUCUCGCAAGAAGGAAGAAACUAGAACCCUCAAAUGUGGGAAAUUUGAGUUUCACGUGCGUGGAGCCCUACACGGUACCUGUCUUUUUCAAUGCUACCAGUUACCUGGAGGUGCCCGGACGGCUUCACCAGGACCUGUUUUCGGUUAGUUUCCAGUUCAGGACUUGGAACCCCAAUGGUCUCCUGCUUUUCAGUCAUUUUGCGGAUAAUCUGGGCAACGUGGAGAUUGACCUCACUGACAGCAAAGUCAGCGUUCACAUCAACAUCACGCAGACCAAGAUGAGCCAAAUAGAUAUUUCCUCAGGUUCUGGGUUGAAUGACGGCCAGUGGCAUGAGGUCCGUUUCCUGGCUAAGGAGAAUUUUGUUAUUCUCACUAUCGAUGGAGAUGAAGCCUCAGCAGUUCGAACUAACAGUCCUCUUCAAGUUAAAACUGGCGAGAAGUACUUUUUUGGAGGUUAUCUGAACCAGAUGAAUAGCUCAAGUCACUCUGUCCUUCAGCCUUCAUUCCAAGGAUGCAUGCAGCUCAUUCAAGUGGAUGAUCAACUUGUAAAUUUAUACGAAGUGGCACAAAGGAGGCCCGGAAGUUUUGCGAACGUCAGCGUUGAUAUGUGUGCCAUCAUAGACAGAUGUGUGCCCAAUCACUGUGAGCAUGGUGGGAAGUGCUCGCAAACGUGGGACAGCUUCAUAUGCACUUGUGAUGAGACGGGAUACAGUGGGGCCACCUGCCACAACUCCAUCUAUGAGCCUUCCUGUGAAGCCUACAAACACCUAGGCCAGACAUCAAAUUACUACUGGAUAGAUCCUGAUGGCAGUGGACCUCUGGGGCCUCUGAAAGUUUACUGCAACAUGACAGAGGACAAAGUAUGGACCAUAGUGUCUCAUGAUUUGCAGAUGCAGACGACGGUGGUGGGCUACAACCCAGAAAAAUACUCGGUGACACAGCUCAUUUACAGCGCCUCCAUGGACCAGAUCAGCGCCAUCACCCACAGCGCCGAGUACUGUGAGCAGUACGUCUCCUAUUUCUGCAAGAUGUCCAGGUUGUUGAACACCCCAGAUGGAAGCCCUUACACCUGGUGGGUGGGCAAAGCCAACGAGAAGCACUACUACUGGGGCGGCUCCGGGCCCGGAAUUCAGAAAUGCGCCUGCGGCAUCGAGCGCAACUGCACGGACCCCAAAUACUACUGCAACUGUGACGCGGAUUACAAGCAGUGGAGGAAGGACGCUGGCUUCUUAACCUACAAAGAUCACCUGCCAGUAAGCCAGGUGGUGGUUGGAGAUACUGACCGGCAAGGCUCGGAAGCCAAACUGAGUGUGGGUCCCCUGCGCUGCCAAGGAGACAGGAAUUACUGGAAUGCUGCCUCUUUCCCAAACCCAUCAUCCUACCUGCACUUCUCUACUUUCCAAGGGGAAACCAGCGCAGACAUCUCUUUCUACUUCAAAACAUUAAUCCCCCGGGGAGUGUUUCUUGAAAAUCUGGGGAACACGGAUUUUAUCAAACUCGAACUGAAAUCUGCCACGGAAGUGUCCUUUUCAUUUGAUGUCGGAAACGGGCCAGUGGAGAUUGUGGUGAGGUCACCCUCCCCUCUCAACGAUGACCAGUGGCACCGGGUCACCGCGGAGAGGAAUGUCAAGCAGGCCAGCCUGCAGGUGGACAGGCUACCCCGGCAGACCCGCAAGGCCCCGGCGGAAGGCCACACCCGCCUGGAGCUCUACAGCCAGCUGUUUGUCGGUGGUGCCGGAGGCCAGCAGGGCUUUCUGGGCUGCAUCCGCUCCCUGAGGAUGAACGGGGUGACACUGGACCUGGAAGAAAGAGCAAAGGUCACAUCCGGGUUCAAAUCCGGGUGCUCGGGCCACUGCACCAGCUACGGGGCGAACUGUGAGAAUGGAGGCAAAUGCAUAGAGAAAUACCACGGGUACUCCUGCGAUUGCUCCAGCACAGCCUAUGAUGGGACAUUUUGCAACAAAGAUGUGGGUGCCUUUUUUGAAGAGGGGAUGUGGCUGCGGUAUAACUUCCAGGCGCCCGGGUCCGGUGCUAAGGAAUCGGGCGGCAGGUCGGAGAACUCCCGGGACCCGCAGCAUGGGGCCCCGGACCUGGCCCGCGAGGAGAUCCGCUUCAGCUUCAGCACCACCAAGGCACCCUGCAUCCUCCUCUACGUCAGCUCUUUCACCACCGACUUCCUGGCAGUUCUCGUCAAACCCACCGGAAGCUUACAGAUCCAGUACAGCCUGGGUGGCACCAAGGAGCCGUAUAAUAUUGACGUGGACCACAGGAGCAUGGCCAAUGGGCAGCCCCACAGCGUUAAUGUCACCCGUCAUGAGAGGACCAUCACUCUCAAGCUGGAUCAUUAUCCUUCUGUGAGUUACCAUCUGCCAAGUUCAUCUGACACUCUGUUCAAUUCUCCCAAGUCGCUCUUUCUGGGAAAAGUUAUAGAAACAGGGAAGAUUGACCAAGAGAUUCACAAGUACAACACCCCGGGAUUCACUGGGUGCCUCUCCAGAGUCCAGUUCAACCAGAUCGCCCCUCUCAAGGCAGCCUUGAGGCAAACAAACACCUCAGCUCACGUGCACGUCCAGGGCGAGCUGGUAGAGUCCAACUGCGGGGCCUCCCCGCUCACCCUGUCACCCAUGUCGUCUGCCACCGACCCCUGGCACUUAGACCACCUGGAUUCAGCCAGUGCUGAUUUUCCGUAUAACCCAGGACAAGGCCAGGCUAUAAGAAAUGGAGUCAACAGAAACUCGGCCAUCAUCGGAGGGGUCAUCGCCGUGGUGAUCUUCACCAUCCUCUGCACCUUGGUCUUCCUUAUCCGGUACAUGUUCCGUCACAAGGGCACCUACCACACCAACGAGGCCAAGGGAGCAGAGUCAGCAGAGAGCGCGGACGCCGCCAUCAUGAGCAACGACCCCAACUUCACAGAGACCAUUGACGAAAGCAAAAAGGAAUGGCUCAUUUGAGGGGAGGCUCUUUUGUGAUGGGAUGAGGGCAGGGGGAGUGACUGGGGAGGAGGGCAAGGGACAGAAGCACCCUACUUCAUACUCCUGAGCACAUCCUAAAAAUAUUAGCACAAGUUGGGGGAGGCAAGCGACAGAAAACUCCUGAGACUGACGGCCACAAGAAAUACUUUCUGAUAUUUCUUUAUAGCUGAGUUUCCCCUUCUGUAUCAAAACAAAAUAAUACAAAAAAUGCUUUUAGAGUUUAAGCAGUGGUUGAAAUUUGUAGGUACUAUCUGUCCUAUUUUUUGUGUGUUUAGAGGUGUUCUAAAAACCUAUGGUAACAGGGCAAGCUUCCUACAUUUUUCAGAGCCCUUAGAAUGUGGAUAUUUUUUCUUGAGAAAAGCUGAUGUACAGUAUACAUGGCUUCCAGCAUUUUCUUCCUUUUACAUAGAGUCAGCCUCUAACGGGCUAUUGUAGUAACUAGUUCGUGUUCACGUAAUAUUUCUUUUGGUGUCCUGUGAAUUGGAAAAGGAGAGAUGGGGCAGAGAGAACCUACGAUUUGACAGUUCUCAUAGAGACCUCAGUCUGUGCAGCUCUCUGAGAGUUCCCACCAGAAACAGCUGGAGGAAGAGGGGGUGUGGCCCCUCUUGUGUGACAACAUGAUCAGUACAACUGAGACCAGCUUUCAGAACCAAGGAAGCAGUUUCCUGUUGGGAUCGUUGGUUUUAUAUUUCAUCAGUUUCUGCAAGAUAAUACUGUUCCACGUCUGCAGUCUUAGCUCUAUCCAACGUCUGUAACUAUCAGCUACGAUACCUGGUGACCAGCUGUUACAAAAAAUUUUCCCUCUGCUUUACCUACAACAUAUUGGGUUAGAUUGUACGUGUGUGUAAGCACCUCAGUGGGGAAUUAGAGCCAGAUGUUAAGAUUUGUCUGCUCUGUUUCUUUUAUAGUUGGUAGCAAGAGUAUGGAUACUUCCUAGUAAAUGCAUAAAUUAGGUUGCUCUUCUUAUUUUGCUUUAAAUCUCUAGUCUUUAAGCCCCGGGACAAGAUCCUAGCAGACAGUGUCCUCUGAAUGGAUGAACCAAAAUAAAGCCAAGUUGUGACUGCUAGUAUUGUUAUUGCUGUUACUCUGGAAUCAUGUGGAAAACCCUGCCAUAUUUUAACUCAUCUACUUCCAUGUAUUGUUCCAUCGUAAAUAGACACACUGCCGUGAUUCAGGGACCUUCUUUGGCAGAUACAUUUGAAGCUCAGGUUCAUCACAACCUGGUAACUGAUUAUUGCUUCUCAGAGAAUGGACAUGUCUGGUCAACCAGACCUCAGUUUAAUCAGGAACCUUGAUCAACUAAUUCCAGCAAGUAACUAUUUAUUUAAAAAUAAUCGACUGUGUGUGUAGGCAAGUGGGACAAUGCUCCUACUGGAGCAUCCAAACAAUAAUUUCAUUUAUUUAUUUUAAAAGAAGAUUACACAAAAGUUAUUUCUAGAAUGACUACCAUCUAUGAUCCUUAGAGUUCAGGCUGUUAUACUUAAUAAGUACAUCAAAAUUUUUUUUUUAGACUCCAACAUUUUGAGGAAUUAAAUAUCCCUUUUUUCUUUCUCCUCCUGGAAGGAGGUAAGAUGAGGUUAAAAAGGUACUGAUGCUAUUGUUCUGAUGGCCUGCCUGGAGAAAAUGGAAAUUCUAGUGCAUUUGGGUUAUAUAUUCAGGGUACUCGGGGUGCCUGACUUACUGGAGGACCUCAGUUUCUUGAGUGAUGGAAAAUGUUGUCCAGAGCUGCACGUGGCACCAGUGCCUGGCACAUUCCAAAGGAGACAGAGGACCAGUUAAUUCACAUUCAAGUCAAGGUCAUAAAACAAAAGAGAAUCCUAGUGCCCUUUUACAGUUGCUGACCUCGGGCACUGUCAUAACCACCCUUUAUUUAAAAAGGUCUUCAUCAUUCUUCCAUAAAAUGCAUUUAACAUUAAAAGCAUUUAUUAAUGACCAAAUAUUAGAACAACAUAACAUUUACAAAUGACAUAUUGAAAAUAAAGGUUAUUUAUUUGACCAAGAUGACUACCAUUAAGGAUUCUUUUAUAUAUUUUCAAAAUGAAAGAAUGGUGAUUCUUUAAUAUAUUUUCAAAAUGAAAGAGCAAAUUUUAAACAUUAUGUUUAAAAAUGUUUCUGAUUUCUUAAUACAUAUUUGAUAGGUAUUACUUUUGCACUUAACAAAUAGCACCAGAUGGAAAUUUAUUAUUUAUUGCAUUUGCCAUGAGAGCUUUAUUCUUUAUACAUUGUCUGAGCACUUUCCCUUUCUUUCCAAAAUGAUUAAGAAAUUAAAACAAACAAACAUAGCCCCUUAUACUAAAAUGUUCUCACCCUUUCUCUUCUCUGUCUUCUUUUCUUUUUCCUGCCACAAAAAGUGAAAAAUGAAACCUUAACACUUCUCCCCAGAUUUUCAAACGUAGGGCACCGGGACGACUGCAGGGAUGAGUGUUUCUCCCACCUCAGCAUCGUUUGAGAUUUACAGACGCAUGACACGGCCUCUGCCCUGAAGGGGGUUACAGCCCAGCCAACGGACAGGACACAGAAAAAGUGGAUGAGGUAUUAAGUAAUGAAGUAAAGGGCCAAAUGCGUGCUGGAGAUCUUCUCUUUGGGACUGCAAUCUUCACCCAAGUUCCUAAAUUUAUUUGUGAAGGCCACAUACAGUACCUUCUUAAAUGCUAAAUAAUUUUGUUUAUGUGCAGAAAAGAAGACAGCUCUUUUUUCCAGCUCCCCAGGCAGCCAUGACAUUAUGACCCAAGCUCAGGGCCCAGUCCUGCUUUGUCAGUCAUAUCCUGCAAAAGCCUGGUGUCUUAAAACCCAAUACCUUACCAAUCAAGCACAAAGAGGCUAGUGGUAGUCUCUUUAAAUAAUAAAAGAAUCAGAACAAAACCAAAAAGUUUUCUUUAAAUAAGAGGUUGUUUUCAAGUUGCAGGAGAAGCUGACGGUUGAUUUCGGGUUGUUUGUGCAGGAAACAUCCUCCGUGUAUAAAGCAAGCAUCUCUGUUUUGAGUUGCUAGGAUUGGGGUCUUCAAAUGAAUGCAAAAUCAGUCCCCAUCUACGCUCUCAAUGUACUCCCUUGAGCUCAAGGAUGCUAGCUCAGGAGGUAAGAGGUUAUAUUCUUAAGUUCUCCUCUGGCCCUUCAUAGUAUAUAAGACAUUUCCCUUGUGGCUUUCAAACAACUGCUCAAAACAGAAAAGAAAAAAAAAAAAAAGGUGAGAGAGAGAGACCUGUUGUGUGGGAGUUUUUAUUGAGGUUCUGGGGAUAAGAGUUUGAGAGCCUUUAUUGGAAAAUUUCCUGUUGCCCUGUGUUUGACAAAUAAGCAUCCUUUACUAAGAGGAGGAGGAUUUCAGAGGCACAGGAAAAAGAGUUGGCGUGAGCCCGAGAGGAGAUCUCAGUGUUGUAGUUGAACAUCUGCGAACCAGCCACCAGAUGGCACUGAGAGCUGGGCACAGAGACAAAGCAUAGGAAGCUCCGAAGGAAAAGCUAACGGCUCCCGCUAGGAAAAUGCAGUGUCCGUGUAGCGUCAGGAUGAGACUAUUAGUUCCUUCUAUAACAGGAUCUGUACUUUUCUAUCCUUCCACACGUUCUUUUUCGCCCUGUGCUUUCUCUUACGGUGUAAACAUUUUCAUGGUCCCUUUCUGUCUCGCACCUCCAAACAAUUAGCACCUGAUUGGAACCUCUUAAUAUUUUUUUUUUUUCCUUUUCACCAUCCUGCCAAGCAGUUUUCAAAAAGAAAGGCAACAGUUAUUAAAUUGAAUUCCGAUGAGCCAGCCAAAAAUAGGUCUAAAUUGCUAGUCCCAGUAGUACCACCUCAUCCUGAAAUAGAUGAGAAGCAAACAGUGUUUCUUACUGAUCUGGGCUAAAACCCAAUAGAUGCCGUUUUUAAAAUGAUGUUUUGGUGAGAGUUGAUCCCUAGAGUCAACCCUUUUUCUCUCCCUGACGUGCUCUGUAACCUUGGCCAGCUCGCUGAACCUCUGUUCCUUUUUGCCUCAUGUGAAAGAUGGAGCUGUUUUAUCCACUUCGUGAGACAAUGGUGAGGUGCCGUGGAUUCUUGGCUGUGGAUACUUUGAAACCCAAAUGUAAAGGCCAAAGUCAAUGGACCUAUGGGAAGACGUACUUUCCAGCUCGUGGUUGUAAGUCACAUCAAAAGAAACCACGCAUCCAUGUCCAGGAGUGUAGAGACGUGAAGCAUUGCUGUACAAUUACUAGAUUAUAAGUCAGGUAGACUGCCAGGGAGCUAAUCCGUCAACACUGGGAGAUGCAACACAGCCAAAGGCCAGAGAAAUCAAAACACCACAUGUAUAAAACCCUAAGUUCCCACCUGGGUGUGACUUGUCGCUUACACAUGCCCCAGUAUGAUUAUAAGUAAGACAACACUGGAAAGCAAAUGUGACUGUUUCACGUAGCCCAAUGGCCCUGUGCCUACACUACACACACCCUGCAUGAUGAUGUUGGAAACUUUAAAUUUAUUUCACAGCAGUAUUUUUUGGAUGCAAGUGGUUCGUGAAACUCAAUGAAACAGGGAAACCGUGUUGAAAAGUUGGUUAUCUCCCAUGGAGCAAAGACUAGCAAAAGGUAAUAAAGAUACCUGGGCACAUGGGUAUUAAUACCCAGCAGGCACUUACGAGUUUAUUUUCCAGAUGAAAAUGUGCUUUAAGAGCAGGUCUACUUAUAGGGGCUGCACCGCUUUCCGAGUCUCAAUUUUUUUCCAGCAACUGCUGGGCUCUGAGAUGGUUAUGGAAACAUGGAGAUUCCUCCCAUCUGGUAGGCCAAGAAACAGUUCUCAAUGUUACUGAUUCUUUUUGUUUUGUCAGGUUUCUUUUUGUUUUUUGUUUUUUUUUUUCAGUGAGCAUGGUGAACUGCAGAGGUUAGGGUUGUGAAAAGCUGGGCUAAUAUUCUUUCUGUAAAGGCAAUUAGGCUUCCAUCCCUGUGAAAUAACACGAAAUUUUGCUCUCUAAAAGCAACAGCAUGUAAACUAGAAUGAAAGAAGGAAAUCAUGUAUGUGUGCCUACUAUUCUUUGUGAAUGUCUUUCAUUUAACUAAAAUUAUAUUAGAAACCGGAUUGAUAAAUAAAAGAGUCCAAAAUAGUUUUAA